UGCUCUUAUCAGCCAUGAAAAAUUUCUACUUCAAAUCAAUACAGAGCGUGAAAUAGGAAACAUGGGCUAUAAACUAGGACAGGUCUCCAUCCACUCUGUGUGGCUAGGAAAUAACAUUACUCCCUUACGGGAAGAAGAAUGGGAUGAAGAUGAAGAUGAUGAAGGCGAGAUACCGACUUCUUCGCCCCCGUCCUCUCCCAUCAAUUCCAGGAAACACCGGGCAGGCGUAGAUAUACAUUCCUGUUCCCAGUUCUUGUUGGAGCUGUACGCUCAGUGGAUCCUGCCAUCAAGCCCCAGCAAGAGGACUCCAGUUAUCCUGAUCAGCGAAGUGGUUCGAUCUCUUUUGGCAGUAUCUGACUUAUUUACGGAACGGAAUCAGUUUGAGACGAUGUACACAACAUUGACAGAGCUGCGGAAGACGCAUCCCUCAGAAGAUGAGAUUCUUGUCCAAUAUUUGGUCCCAGCAACAUGUAAAGCAGCUGCUGUUCUUGGAAUGGAUAAAGCUGUAGCUGAGUCUGUGAGUCGCCUGCUGGAAUCCACGCUGCGUAGCACUCACAUGCCCAGCCGGAUCGGAGCCCUGCAUGGCAUUCUUUACAUCCUGGAAUGUGACCUCCUUGAUGAAACAGCCAAACAGCUCAUUCCAAUUAUCACGGAAUAUGUGCUUUCCAAUCUGAGAGGCAUAGCCCACUGUGUGAAUAUCCACAACCAGCAACAUGUCUUAGUAAUGUGUGCAGUGGCGUUCUAUUUAAUAGAAAAUUACCCACCUGACGUCGGGCCUGAAUUCUCUUCUGGAAUUAUUCAGAUGUGUGGAGUGAUGCUGUCUGGAAGUGAAGAAUCCACACCCUCCAUUAUUUAUCACUGUAUCCUGAGAGGCUUGGAACGGCUCCUCCUUUCAGAGCAGCUCUCUCGACUGGAUAGUGACUCCCUGGUGAAACUGAGUGUAGACCGUGUGAAUGUACAGAGCCCCCACAGAGCCAUGGCUGCACUGGGGUUAAUGCUGACCUGCAUGUAUACAGGAAAAGAGAAAAUCAGCCCAGGACGAGUUGCCGAUCACAAUCCAUCUGCCCCAGAUAGUGAGUCUGUGAUUGUGGCUAUGGAGCGUGUCUCUGUUCUUUUUGACAGGGUCAGAAAAGGAUUUCCCUUUGAAGCUAGGGUAGUAGCUCGGAUACUCCCUCAGUUUCUUGAUGAUUUUUUCCCUCCACAAGAUGUAAUGAAUAAAGUUAUUGGAGAAUUUUUAUCUAACCAGCAGCCAUACCCACAAUUUAUGGCAACUGUGGUGUAUAAGGUAUUUCAGACCCUGCAUACUACUGGUCAGUCGUCCAUGGUCCGGGACUGGGUGAUGCUGUCGCUCUCCAAUUUCACACAGAGAACGCCUGUCGCCAUGGCAAUGUGGAGCCUCUCCUGUUUUUUCGUCAGUGCCUCUACCAGCCAGUGGAUUUCCACUAUUCUUCCACACAUUAUCAGUAGAAUGGGAAAAUCAGAGCAAGUGGACAUAAACCUGUUCUGCUUGGUGGCCAUCGACUUCUACAGACAUCAGAUAGAUGAAGAACUAGAUCGCAGAGCCUUUCAGUCCGUAUUUGAGAUGGUGGCGACACCAGAGAGCCCAUAUCGCCGCCUGCUCACGUGCUUGCAGAAUGUUCACAAGGUCACAGCCUGCUGAAGCGCAGCCCCAGAUAGUCUUGGCAAGAAUUCCUGAGUAUCGGAGCCUCGGUGUUUUGGGAUUCCUUCGUAUUCCUGGAUUCAUCUCGUAAUGUCUCUUGCCAACAAAACUAUAGUUUUAUCCAGAGAAAUGUCUACUAUGUGCAUUUGUGUAUAUAAUGUAUAUGUAAAAUUAUAAAUGUGAUUGCAUUUGAUGUAUACAGAUGUGUAUAUUUGUAUUUAUUAAACUGAUGGAUCUAAACUUGUUCCUGUUCUUAGACCAACAGUUAUUGCAUCUAAACAUAAUUUCAUUAAAAAGUUAUAGACCUGUAGGUUAUGUCAUUAUUACAAAAAUCAAAAUGCAAAAGACAGCUUUGUAGUAAAACUGGUUCACUUGAAUGCUCCUCUUUUUUUUUCUUUUUGGGGGACUGGGGGCUGCAGAAGGAAUGGUCAGUUUGAAUUCAUAUUGAAAAUUUAUUUGGAGAUAAAAAAAGCUUUCUAGAUUCUAACUCUGGUAUAAAUAUCUUUGGUUUUGGAUGGUGAUGUAUAGAAAGGAAAAAUAAAUAAAGGUAUCUUUGUA